GUCACAUGUCAAUUGCUACAACAAUAACAAUAUGCAAGGUGGUAUCUAUAAGGUCUAUAGACCCUGAAUAUUCCGAGGAAAUCGUUAAAUAACCUGCCGGGAUAUUUUUCCUGUCAGAAUUCCAAUAUGGCUGUUGACGGCUCGUCCAAUCAAAAUCUUCUUCAGAGCGUAACCAGGUAGACGUCCAGCAUGGAAACUAAAAAAGAUGCCCAGCAUUUAUCUGCAAAAUAUACAGCACUUACCGAUGAAAAGACUAAUCCAAGAACACCUGAGGAGUGGCGUAAAUGGAAAGAUGAAAGAAAAGCUAAAAAGCGCAAAUGGAAAGAGGAUAAGCUUAUUGAAGAAAGGGUAAAGGAACAAGAAAAACAGGCAGCAGAAACAGCAAAAGAAGAAACUGCAAAGUCUUCUAAAGAAAAUGCAUGUACAAUAAGCAUAGCUCUGCCUGGAUCUAUUCUGGAUAAUGCACAGUCUCCCGAGCUGAGGACAUACCUAGCUGGCCAGAUUGCUCGUGCGGCUGUUGUAUUCAAUGUUGAUGAGAUUGUGAUAUUCGAUGAGAAUGGAGCAAUGAGCAGGGAUGACAAUGGAGAGAUGAGGUCAACCAAUCAGAAAGGACAAUGUAACAUCCAGCUUGCUCGUAUUCUACAGUAUCUGGAGUGUCCACAGUACUUGAGAAAGUCAUUCUUUCCCCAGCACAAAGAUCUUCAAUAUGCAGGGCUAUUGAAUCCACUGGACAGCCCCCACCAUAUGAGAGCCGAUGA